UCGUGAGUCUCGCUUCUUGUUUUAAAAAAUAGAAUCCGCAACACGUGCGUGCGAAUCAGCUAAUUAAUGUACCGUUAUUAAAACUUUGAAAUCACUGUAAAAAUGCGAACAAUGUAAUUAUCACGCAACUCUCAAAAAUGGGAUCAUCAAUGCAUGUUAUGGGCCGCAUCAAGACCGUGCGGUAUUUCUCGCACGAAUCGUUCGGUUCACGUUCAUGUUCCAUGCAAAUGACGACACGACGUUGGCAGUUGCAGAUCGUUUGAACCGCGGGAACGUAUUUAAACCGCUGAAAUGCGAUCUAUACCUUUUACAUUGCAAAUAGCGUUCUAUUCACCUUAUAUAUUAAAACGUAGUAAAAGAUUGAUCAUGAUUUGGACGAUUAAUACGACGGAUUAAACACAUCUGCACUUUCGCGCAACUAACCUAAACUAAUGUUAGAUUUGGAACAUGGUGUGGGAUCGAGGUUGGCGAUAGCCGGCUACAUUGCACAAUGUAGACUGUGGCGAACAGCACUCAGCAGUGAGCAGACAGUCCUAUAUCAGAUGUGAAUGGUACCAUGUUUUACCAGGAUAUGGAAGGUCGUUAGUCCUGACUCCUGAGUAGAUACGCCGGUCACAUCACAUGCCGCAAGUUCGGUUUUAACGUUCUAGCUUAUGUAUCCAGCUUAAAGCGUUACGUUAGAGCAUUGCUCAAUGCUCUAGAGUCUACUAUACCGCGAGGAUAAAGAGGAACAUAACCUCACCUCUUGUAUAUACACUAUACCGUUGUCAACAAAUAACGUUGCUUGUAGGUAUACAAUAAAUUUGAGUAUAUUUGAAAGAGAAAUAAUUUUGGUAAAUGCUACUUGCGAAUAAAAUCCAGGAUAAAAUGGAACCUGAGCAACACUACGUUUUUCACAAUGAGGAGGAUCUACUAUAUGAGGAAGAAAUUUUGAGGAAUGCCUAUUCGGUAAAGCACUGGUGGCGUUACAUAGAUCAUCUGAGAACUACACAAAGUCCAAAUUUAAAUGUUGUAUACGAACGAGCUCUCAAAGAGUUACCAGGAAGUUACAAACUAUGGUACGCUUAUUUGAGACAUCGAGUAAAGCAGUUGGUAGGGCGUCCCAUUAAUGAUCCACUUUAUGAAGUUGUAAAUAAUGCAUUCGAGAGAGCCUUGGUGUUUAUGCAUAAAAUGCCAAGAAUAUGGAUGGACUACUGUACAUUGAUGACGGAGCAAGGCUACAUUACUCGAACUCGACAUAUUUUUGAUCGUGCUCUUAGAGCUCUUCCAAUCACACAACAUCAUAGAAUAUGGCCUUUAUACAUAGACUUUGUAAAGAGGCAUAAUGUACAUGAGAUGGCAGUCAGGGUAUUCAGAAGAUAUUUAAAGUUGGCACCAGAAGAAACAGAAGAGUAUAUAGAUUAUCUCAUUUCUAUAGAAAGGUUGGAUGAGGCAGCUAUGAAACUUGCUAACAUUGUGAAUCAGGAUGAUUUUGUGUCCAAGCAUGGAAAAUCUAAACACCAAUUGUGGAAUGAACUUUGUGACCUUAUCUCUAAGAAUCCUACAAAAAUAAAAUCACUCAAUGUAGAUGCUAUUAUUAGAGGAGGUUUAAGGCGUUACACAGAUCAAGCUGGUCCACUAUGGAAUGCGUUAGCCGAUUAUUACGUUCGUAGUGGGCUCUUUGAAAGAGCAAGAGACAUAUACGAGGAAGCUAUACAGACUGUGACAACUGUCAGAGAUUUCUCACAAGUUUUUGAUGCUUAUGCACAAUUUGAAGAGCUGAGUCUAAAAAAAAGAAUGGAAGAAGCUGCUGAAAAUCCAACUGAAGAUGAUGAUAUUGACUUAGAAUUGCGCUUGGCAAGAUUUGAAAAUUUGAUGGAGAGAAGACUGUUAUUGCUGAAUUCUGUUUCGUUGCGACAAAAUCCACAUAAUGUUCUAGAUUGGCAUAAACGCGUGGAGCUCUAUGAGGGUCAACCACACGAGAUUAUCAAUACGUAUACUGAAGCUGUACAAACAAUUCAACCACAAUUAGCCGUUGGAAAAUUGCACAGUCUGUGGGUGGCAUUCGCGAAGUUCUAUGAGAAAAAUGACCAAAUUUCGGAUGCAAGAACGGUAUUCGAAAAAGCGGUUAUGGUUCCCUAUUUAAAAGUUGAUGAUUUAGCUUCAGUAUGGUGUGAAUGGGCUGAAAUGGAAAUCAGACAUGGCUUUUACAAAGAGGCUCUAAGACUUAUGCACCGCGCAACUGCGAUGCCGUCAAGGAAAGUUGCUUACCACGAUGAAAGUGAAACUGUACAAAAGAGAGUAUAUAAAAAUUUGAAAGUUUGGUCCAUGUAUGCUGAUCUAGAAGAAUCUUUUGGUACAUUCAAGACUUGCAAGGCGGUUUAUGAUAAAAUUAUCGAAUUGAAAAUAGCUACUCCCCAAAUCAUUAUAAAUUAUGGGUUAUUCUUGGAAGAGAAUAAUUACUUUGAAGAGGCGUUUAGAGCAUAUGAGAAAGGCAUUUCGCUCUUUAAAUGGCCAAAUGUCUUUGAUAUUUGGAAUACUUAUUUAACAAAAUUCCUGAAACGUUAUGGUGGAACAAAAUUGGAAAGAACCAGAGAUCUCUUUGAACAAUGUCUAGAGCAUUGCCCUCCAAAACAUGCAAAAGCUUUAUACCUUUUAUACGCAAAGCUGGAAGAAGAACAUGGUUUGGCAAGACACGCCAUGUCCGUAUAUGAAAGAGCAACAGGUGCUGUUUUGCCUGAAGAACGCUUUGAGAUGUUCAAUAUUUACAUCAAGAAGGCCGCCGAUAUUUAUGGCGUUCCUAAAACGCGACAAAUUUACGAAAAAGCGAUUGAGGUUUUGAGUGAAGAAAAUACAAGGGAAAUGUGCUUACGAUUUGCAGAAAUGGAAAAGAAAUUAGGAGAAGUGGACCGGGCGAGAGCCAUAUAUGCCCACUGCAGUCAGAUAUGCGAUCCUAGAAUUACAAACAACUUUUGGCAAACAUGGAAAGAGUUUGAAGUGAGUCAUGGUAAUGAAGAUACCAUGCGGGAAAUGCUGAGAAUAAAACGAAGUGUACAAGCAAUGUACAACACUCAAAUAAACAUGAUGGCUGCCCAAAUGUUAAAUAAUCAAACGAAUGAUUCAAUGGAUGCCAUGAAACUUCUAGACAACCGAGCUUCUGAAAGUGCUUUAGCAAACGAUGUUAUUCGUCCAUCACAAACGAUUAACUUUGUCCGUGGAGCUACGGAAGGAGGCAAAAGUGCUUCCAAAGUCGUUAAUCCAGAUGAAAUUGACAUUGAUAUGGAUGUUGAUGAUGAAGACGGCGAAGAAAAUGAUAAUGACAGCGAAGGUGGUGAAAUGGAAGAAGAUGUACCAAUUGAAAAGCAGAUUAUUCCUUCUCAAGUAUUUGGUAGUUUAAAGAACGAAGAUGAUUAAGAAUGUAAAUAUAAAUAAAUUAAAAUUAUUUUUAAUACAAUACAAAUUAAGUAA